CCCAGGGGCUUGGGGGCUGGAAAGCUGGCCGACCCAAGGAGGGACAGCUGUCGCUUACAUUUUCUCUUUCGGCAGUGACAGUUCAAUUUCCAUGCUCCUGAGGCUAAUAAUAACGCGAUUAGCGUGUGACUUGCAGAGACAGGGUUUUAUGAAUUCUCCGUGUUCUUGUGGCCCGUUACGGUAUUUGAGUUUAGUGCUGGGGAAUUAUUUUUAUUAGUCGAUGAAAAGAAAAUUAAAAGGGAGAUUUAUUUCGUCCGCUCAAGUCUUUCCCUGUAUUUGGAUGCGGGUGCUUGCCCACGCGGACCCCUGUGUGGGCAAUCCAGAAAAGAACGCGUGGCUAAUGUGUGUUUCCCAUCUCUGGCCAGACCCUACUUCCUCACCGCAUUUAUAUGUUGUCAAAAUCUCACUCGGGCCUUCGCACAGUUUGGUGGAAGUUCUUUCAGGCUUCAUGACAAUUCACGAUUUGGGAGGUUAGUUUGUUUUACUUUCCCGACGGUGGGAAAGCAGAAGUUACUUAACUGCGUGUGGCAGACGCCUUGUCCACGGGACUUUUCUUUAAGGAGGGGGGCCAGGUCGGCCGGAGCUGAUCUUGGGUCGCACGUUCCAAAGGACCAACACGUGGGGUCAUAAUCAGAGGCUCAACUCGCAGUUUUCUCUUAUCGCCGUUCUUUUCAGCCAUAGUGAGGAGAGAAAAGGUUGGAGCAAGGUGAGACCAGUCCAGAGACAUAAACGCGAGGGCCUGUUGUCCAGAAUGCGGUUCCCUCGCUCCCACAGUAUGGGGGCCAGAGGGUGAGGACCUAAUCUAGAACUUUGUGGCACACAGAGCUCAGUUGACCGUUUUCCUUUCCUGUAUCAUUCUUUUUUAAAAGAAAAAAAAUGUGCUUUUGUAUUAGAGAAAACGAAAUAUGUUUGUGGGGCUACGGUCUGGGAGGAAGGAAGAAGCUGAAAGCGGAGAGCACUCCCGGGCCUUAUGCGGGGCCGGCUACCAACCGGGCCUCGCUGCGAGGUGCGCCGAGGGGAUCGCCAAGUUGGAGCCCCUUUAGUGGCCAAAGCUUUCUGACGAACCGGACGUAGGAAGAGAAAAAAGAUCUUUCCGAAAAACUGCGCGGUAUCGUGGAGCCUAGGCAGCCCCCGGAGUGGAGGAGGCGGAGCUGCAGGCUCUCGGCCCGGAUGGUGGUGGAAGGCAAGGCCAGGGCUUGGGGUCCCCUGCAGGCCUUUCUUUCUUUUUCCUUUAAUAGAGCGCCCUAACGAACACAUACAGACUGGGCCACCGUUAAGGUGUGUGUAUGGUGGUGGAGGUGGGAGGGGGCACAGGUGACUCCGUUUGGGCCCAGGGCCGUGUCUAUGCCGGUCUUAGCCUCCAACUGUUUAAACUGUCUUCCCGGAUUAGGACAGAGAGCAGGCUGGACCCGCUGCGUGGCUCAACUGCGCUAGGCCGGUGAUAAGUCAGGAACCGGGAUAAAAACGACAACAACAAAACCAAAAUUGCCACGGAGCUUGGGGAAGGAUUAAACAAACAGGCAAACAUACACAGGACACCCGCCUAGAGCAACUCUAUUUAUCAUUUUCCCCCUCCUCCUCCCCCCGCCCCCCUGACUGGGACCUCCGUUUCCAGCCUUCUCUGUCCGUGCCUUUAAAUCCAAGGAUCCUCAGACAACCCAAGGGUCAGAUUUUAAUGUUUAACUUUUAUUCAAAGACGUGGCCUUUUGCUUUUUCACAGCCCGUUUUUCUUUUCGCGUCCGGACAGAGCUGGCUUUAGUUGGCGCCGAGCGCCCCGCAGCCUGGGGCGCCAACCUGCAGCAGCGGGGGACCAGCCCGGCCUGCGCGCCGUGGGCGCUCACACAUCAGAGGACACACAGUAUGUAUUUCAAACGUUUCCACCGAGUCUGCUGGUCCUGAAAGACCCUGAGGCCCUAAGGGCCUUGGAGAAGGGCCUGUGAGAUGCCCUCAUUAUUGCCAGAACUCCGCGUCUUUGGAGAAGCCGCCAGGACGCAGCCGCCGCGGGCUCGGGAGGGUCUCCCAGGAGCCUGACUCUCCGGCCUGCUUGCCUCCGCCUCUCACCGAGCAGCAACAGGGAAAACUUUUAAGCCAGGAUCGCCCGGAACAGCUGCUCCGGCUGCGGCCUUAGAAGUAUAUUUCAGGCACGCGGCGGCGCCAUCUGCGCUCGGACCCCAGCCCCGGCUCCACCCGGCUUCCCCAGCUCGAGUUUGGGCCUUUUCCCGCCCAAAUCCUCAGCCGAGUGCUGCCGAGGUCCGGUCUCCCGCGGAGCGAAAUAAUUCAAACCUUCUGCGAAAGGAUUUCCCCCUUCAGGGCCUGCGGCCCUAUGCCUUGCAGCCGUGGCGCUCCAGAGGCCUAAGAAGGUGGCGGAGUACGCGGGUGGGCACACAGAGCAGGCACACUCAAGAACGUGCGUGCAGAGCCGCACUCCGCGCGCACGUGCACAUGCAUCAGGCUCGCGGGGUCCCUGCACCCAUCUACGCAAUCCCUAGAGGAAUGAGACGGGAACAGCCCGGGCGGUGCCCCAGGGCCCUUUCUUCUUCCGAAUUACCGAGAUCAGCUGUUCACGCGAAUUAAGCUGCCAGUUUAUGGCUUGUUUGCUCAGAGUAAAACUCCCAAGAUUUUAAUCCUGACAUCACCCCUCCACCCACCCCCAAUCCCCAAUAGGGAAACACAGGGUCAAAACGGAGGAAGUGACUCUUCACUGACGUUUAAGUAAUGGAGAAAACGCGAUGCGUUUGAAGCCAGUGGGGAGAGUAUGCUUGUGCUGGGCAAGAACCAGACAGGGCGCACGCCGGGGCUUGGACCGCAGGGCAAGGGUGUGGGGUGCGCCGGGCCGGACGCCAAAGCGUAUGCCUGAGGUAGAGUCCGGGGCGAGGAACACUGGUUCCUCAGCGGUGCGUUCGCCCCAUCGCUGGUGCAGGCCUCAAAGAUGCCAGGCCUGGGCCCGGAGGAUGAGCCAAGCGUGGUGCCUGCUGGACAUGCGCAACGCUCUCUCCUGCCAAGUCAAAACGGCCUUCCGCGGUGGCCGCGCCUUUGAUUCCGAGCAGAGCACCGGUUCAGACUCUGAGGUGCUCACGGAGCGGACUUCCUGCUCCUUUGACACUCACACUGACCUGGGCCCUGGUGCUGCAGGCCCUGUGCCUGUCGCCAUGUCUUCCAUGGAAGAGAUUCAGGUGGAGCUGCAAUGUGCUGACCUAUGGAAGCGGUUCCAUGACAUUGGAACUGAGAUGAUCAUCACCAAAGCAGGCAGGAGGAUGUUUCCUGCCAUGAGAGUAAAAAUCACUGGCCUGGACCCACACCAGCAAUACUACAUAGCAAUGGACAUUGUGCCUGUGGACAAUAAAAGAUACAGAUAUGUGUACCACAGCUCCAAGUGGAUGGUGGCUGGCAAUGCGGACUCCCCUGUGCCCCCAAGAGUUUAUAUACACCCUGAUUCUCUAGCUUCUGGAGACACUUGGAUGAGACAGGUGGUCAGUUUCGACAAACUCAAGCUGACCAACAAUGAAUUGGAUGAUCAAGGACAUAUCAUUCUGCACUCUAUGCACAAAUACCAGCCUCGAGUUCACGUGAUCCGCAAGGAUUUCAGCAGUGACCUGUCGCCCACCAAACCUGUCCCUGUUGGGGAUGGAGUGAAAACAUUCAACUUUCCUGAGACCGUGUUCACCACAGUCACAGCCUACCAGAACCAGCAGAUCACCAGAUUAAAAAUCGAUCGAAACCCUUUUGCUAAAGGAUUCAGAGAUUCUGGAAGAAACAGGACCGGACUGGAAGCCAUCAUGGAGACUUAUGCGUUCUGGAGACCCCCUGUGCGCACACUCACCUUUGAGGAUUUCACCACCAUGCAAAAGCAGCAAGGGGGCAGCACAGGCACUUCCCCGACCACCUCCAGCACUGGGACACCAUCGCCUUCAGCUUCUUCUCACCUUUUGUCUCCAUCCUGUUCUCCUCCAACAUUUCACCUGGCCCCCAACACUUUCAACGUGGGCUGUCGAGAGAGCCAGCUGUGCAAUCUAAACCUCUCUGAUUAUCCACCAUGUGCCCGAAGCAACAUGGCUGCCUUGCAGAGCUACCCGGGGCUGAGUGACAGUGGCUACAACAGGCUCCAGAGUGGCACUGCUUCAGCCACUCAGCCCUCCGAAACCUUCAUGCCUCAGAGGACUCCAUCCCUGAUCUCAGGAAUACCGACUCCUCCCUCGUUGCCUAGCAACAGCAAGAUGGAAGCUUACGGUGGCCAGCUGGGGUCCUUCCCCACUUCCCAGUUCCAGUAUGUCAUGCAGGCGGGCAAUGCAGCCUCGAGCUCCUCCUCACCACACAUGUUCGGGGGCAGCCACAUGCAGCAGAGCUCCUAUAACGCCUUCUCUCUCCACAACCCUUACAACCUGUACGGAUACAAUUUCCCCACUUCUCCGAGGCUAGCCGCAAGCCCGGAAAAACUGAGCGCCUCUCAAAGCACUUUACUCUGUUCUUCUCCUUCCAACGGGGCCUUUGGAGAGAGGCAGUACCUGCCCACGGGGAUGGAGCACAGCAUGCACAUGAUUAGCCCUUCGCCCAACAACCAGCAGGCGACUAACACCUGUGACGGCCGGCAGUACGGGGCGGUCCCAGGCUCCUCCUCCCAGAUGUCCGUGCACAUGGUUUAAUGGCCAGGCCGAACAGCACGGAGCCGGGGCCCCAGCCUCCACGGGCAGAUCCUCCUCUUUGGGAGCCCAACGCCUUUGAAAAACGGGAACUGUGUAUUCUUUUUUCUUUUUUCUUUUUUUCUGGAGGAGGAAAGCACAUCCCGAAGAAGAACAAAAGACCUUUAAGCCACUGAAGGAGACUUAACCGUGUGGAAUCAUCUCCGACUCAGUGGCCAUUCUCCUGCCUUCCCAAACCUUAGUUUUAUAAAGCAUUGUCUACUCUAGAGUGGCCUUUGAAGAAACUGAAUUAUCAUUUUAUAAUAAUGUUAAGGGAGAUGCUAGCAUGUAGCAGCCAUAAAAAGUUACCCCCACACAAAUACAGACCUACCUAUACGUACACACAUACAUACAUACAUGCGUGCAUGCAUGCACACACAUACAUAUUCGCACACAAACUUACCUACAGCGAUACACACACACACACACAGACUUGGAACUGGGCGAACUCUGUGGAGGGGGGCCCAGGUGGGUGCUUUCACCAAGAAUCGGUCUAUGUACAACGCUAGAUGGACUGGGCAAGCAGUAGCUGCCAACCUUUCCCCCCUGCAGCUUACCCUGUUUCUGGAAUGAACCAUGUAUCCUGGAACCCCUCCUAUCCACAAGGGUGGACAGACACCACCACUACAACUGGACUUGGCUUCCUGAAAAAGAUGGCUUUUGAACUUUGGCUCUCCUCACUCUGUGUUCGAUCGCUGACGUUCCCAGUGGUACCUGUGAAAAGGGAGUAAGAGUAGCCGAAUGAGAAAGGAGAAGGAGUAGUGGGCAAGAGAGAGGCGGAGAGCGAGACUGAGAGAGGAAGUGUGAGCAAUGGUGAGAGUGACAACGCACUGAGGAGAUUGGUUUGGGGUCGUUUCUCCCCCUCCCCCCUACAGGUGAUAGAAUCAUGGCGUUACUGAGGAGUAAGCCUCUCUGGGACACUGUGCAGAGUCAGGGCACUGGAGAGAGGACCCCGGCAAGGAAUGCACUUGGAUCCCACAGCUCUGACCAGCAUGAUCCAGAAGAGGGGUGCGCUGCCUGGGAAGUGCCCAUUCCAGAGCGCGAAGCCUGGUGGGGGAGGGGGAACAGGAGUGUGAAGAAGGAAGGGUGUUAUAAUCCCGACAGAUGAUACCAAGAGCAGAGGCGACAAAUCGAGGCCUGGCCGUCUGCAUGCCAGAUCCAGACACCUGACCUGGAUUGCCUGCCCCGCAGCCCCCGGGGCAGGAGAAAUCCAGUCACGUUCCAGGGCAUUCCAGAUGGGCCUUUCUGCAUCCUUCCACCUGCCCUUAGGUCUCCAUUUUUAUCAAAUAGUUUAUUGCAUUUUGAAGUUUGGGUUUUUUUCCUUCAUCUUUCCCUUUCCCCUCAAAUCCUUUAAUGUUAAGAAAACAAGUAAAGUUUGGUGCAAGCUAAACUUUUUAAGUGGUGUGGAAAUGCAAAUAAUACCAAGUAAUACAGAUAUUAUUAAGAUUUUUGGUUUUGAGGUGUUGUAGAUAAAUGUAUUUAUGUGCCUAGUGGGGAAUCCAAUAUUAUGAAUAUUAAAAAAGGGGGCAAUAAAAAGGGUAUGUAAAAUAUGUAUGAAGUAAAGGUGUAUAAAAAAUUUGCCCUUAUGCACGGAACUGUUUCUAAGUGCCAAGCACAGAAAGCCGCUAAAUAAAAUCUUUGCAAUUGUU